CCGCCCCCGGAGGCCCCGCCCCGGCUCGGGCAGCCGGAGCACCCGGAGCGGAGACGCCGGGACCCCGCGGCAUCGGCGGGAGCGAUGUGGUUCUUUUCCCGGGACCCGGUCCGGGACUUCCCUUUCGAACUCAGCCCGGAGCCCCCUGAGGGCAACCCGCCCGGACCCUGGGUUCUGCACCGCGGCCGGAAGAAGGCCACGGGCAGCCCCGUGUCCAUCUUCGUGUAUGACGUGAAGCCGGGCCAGGAGGAGCAGACUCAAGUGGCGAAAGCUGCCUUCAAGCGCCUCAAAACCCUGCGGCACCCCAACAUCUUGGCCUACAUCGAUGGGCUGGAGACAGAAAAAUGUCUCCACGUCGUGACGGAGACCGUGACCCCGCUGGGGGCGUACCUCAAGGCCCGCUCCGAGGCCGGGGAUCCCAAGGAGCCAGAGCUCUCCUGGGGCCUGCACCAGAUCGUGAAAGCCCUCAGCUUCCUCGUCAACGACUGCAGCCUCAUCCACAACAACGUGUGCAUGGCGGCCGUGUUCGUGGACCGCGCCGGCGAGUGGAAGCUGGGGGGCCUGGACUACAUGUACUCGGCGCAGGGCAAUGGCGGGGGACCUCCCCACAAAGGGGUCCCCGAGCUGGAGCAAUAUGACCCCCCAGAGCUGGCAGACAGCAGUGGCAGAGUGGUCAAGGAGAAGUGGUCAGCCGAUAUGUGGCGCCUGGGCUGCCUCAUCUGGGAAGUCUUCAAUGGGCCGCUGCCCCGGGCGGCUGCGCUGCGGAAUCCAGGGAAGAUCCCCAAGUCACUGGUGCCACACUACUGUGAGCUGGUGGGUGCCAACCCCAAGCUGCGGCCCAACCCGGCACGCUUCCUGCAGAACUGCCGGGCGCCCGGUGGUUUCAUGAGCAACAGCUUCGUGGAGACCAACCUCUUCUUGGAGGAGAUUCAGAUCAAGGAGCCAGCUGAGAAGCAGAAGUUCUUCCAGGAACUGAGCGAGAGCCUGGGCUCCUUCCCCGAGGACUUCUGCCGGCACAAGGUGCUGCCGCAGCUGCUCACAGCCUUCGAGUUUGGCAACGCGGGCGCUGUGGUCCUCACGCCCCUCUUCAAGGUGGGUGAGCUCCUCAAAGCUGACGAGUAUCAGCAACAGAUCGUGCCGGUGCUCAUCAAGAUGUUCUCGUCCACCGACCGCGCCAUGCGCAUCCGCCUGCUGCAGCAGAUGGAGCAGUUCAUCCAGUACCUUGAUGAGCCGACAGUCAACACCCAGAUCUUCCCCCACGUCGUCCAUGGCUUCCUGGAUACCAACCCUGCCAUCCGGGAGCAGACAGUGAAGUCCAUGCUGCUCCUGGCCCCGAAGCUCAACGAGAACAACCUCAACAUGGAGCUCAUGAAGCACUUUGCGCGGCUGCAGGCCAAGGAUGACCAGGGCCCCAUCCGCUGCAACACCACCGUCUGCCUGGGCAAGAUUGGCUCCUACCUCAGCGCCUCCACCAGACACAGAGUCCUCGCAUCCGCCUUCAGCCGUGCCACCAAGGACCCAUUCGCCCCGUCCCGGGUCGCUGGUGUCCUGGGUUUUGCUGCCACCCACAACCUCUACUCGAUGACCGACUGUGCCCACAAGAUCCUGCCUGUGCUCUGCGGCCUCACAGUGGACCCUGAGAAGUCAGUGCGGGACCAGGCCUUCAAAGCCAUCCGGAGCUUCCUGUCCAAGCUGGAGUCAGUGUCGGAGGAUCCCACGCAGCUGGCCGAAGUGGAGAAAGAUGUCCACGCAGCCUCCAGCCCUGGCAUGGGAGGAGCCGCGGCCAGCUGGGCAGGCUGGGCUGUGACCGGGGUCUCCUCGCUCACCUCCAAGCUGAUCCGUGCGCACCCCUCAGCUGCCCUGGCUGAGACCACUGCUCCUCAGGGACCCCCACCCGAGGGUCACCCCAGCCUGGCUCCAGCCCCUGUCUCAGCCAGCCCUACGAGCCGCAGGCCUGGGGAGGCCCAGGAGGGGGACAGGGACACAGUGGAGGACAGCAGCACUGUGGACAGAUGGGAUGACGACGACUGGGGCAGCCUGGAGCAGGAGGCCGAGACAGUGUUAGCCCAGGAGCACUGGAGGAGCAGGGACCAGGCCAGCCUUGGCCGCACUGGACAGGUCAGCAGCCCAGACCACAGAGCCCCCGAGUCGGACUGGAGUAGCUGGGAAGCCGAGGGCUCCUGGGAGCAGGGCUGGCAGGAGCACAGCUCCCCAGAGCCCCCCGAGGGCACCCGCCUGGCCAGCGAGUACAACUGGGGUAGCCCGGAGGCCAAUGACAAGGGUGACCCUUUUGCUGCCCUGUCGUCCCGACCCAGUGCCCAGCCCAGGCCGGACUCGUGGGGCGACGACAACUGGGAGGGCCUGGAGACCGACAGCCGGCAGACCAAGGCCGAGCUGGCUCGGAAAAAGCGCGAGGAGCGGCGGCGGGAGAUGGAGGCCAAGCGCGCCGAGAAGAAGGCGGCCAAGGGCCCUAUGAAGCUGGGGGCGCGCAAGCUGGACUGAGGGGGUGGGCGGCACAAGCCGGCCCCGCGGCUGUAUUUAUUGUACAAACCAUGUGAGCCGGCCCAGUGC